UACAACAAUCUGAAGCGCUAGAAUGUUUAACCCAAAUCCGGUAAAAUCAGGGGCCUUGAUAUUGCACGCAUAUUCAUGCUCGUCGCAUGCACCCAAAUCCGGUCACUUUCUUCCCCAAAUCCUCUGAAAUUCUGAAUUACAUUUGCUUUUUGCUUGGCUUCGUGUUUGCAAGGUCGGUUUUCGCCGACAACGCAAGGCAGAGAAGAAAGCUAGCUAGAGCCAGAUUUCUAGAAGCCGAUUCUGUCCGCGAGGGCCAACUGAUUCCUCACAGUUCUUCUCAUCGCCCGAUCGUCACUUCGGAUACCGAGCAUGUCCGGGCGUCAUCCGGUGGAGCAGCCAGCUGAUGAUGACAUGGAAGAAGAAGUAGUAGUAGUAGAAGGGGAUAUGGCAGAAUUUGAAGAUAGGGAAUACUACCAUGGUAGAGCUGAUGAUGGUGAAGAGAUGGGACUCGAUGAUUAUGAUGUGCUUACCAGGGUCACUGACACAUCAUCUGCACAAGCAAGGAAAGGAAAAGAUAUUCAGGGUAUUCCUUGGGAAAGAUUAAAUAUAACAAGGGAAAGCUACAGAUUGACAAGGCUUCAACAGUAUAGGAAUUAUGAGAAUGUCCCUUUAUCUGGCGAAGCUGUAGGCAAAGAAUGUAAGCAAAUUGAGAAGGGUGGGAAUUACUAUGAGUUUUUUCUCAAUACAAGAGUGGUGAAACCAACUAUUCUCCAUUUUCAGCUUAGGAACUUGGUAUGGGCCACUUCAAAACAUGAUGUAUAUCUCAUGUCUAAUUAUUCCAUCAUGCACUGGUCAUCAUUAUCCCGCAAUCUGUCAGAGGUCCUAAAUUUUUCUGGACAUAUAGCCCCUGCCGAGAAACACACAGGAAGCUUGCUGGAAGGAUUUACACAGACUCAGAUCAGCACACUAGCUGUGAUGGAUAAUUUGCUAGUUGCAGGGGGGUUCCAAGGUGAACUAACUUGUAAGCGUUUGGAUAAACCUGGAGUAAGCUUCUGUACAAGGAUUACUUAUGAGGACAAUGCCAUAACAAAUGCUAUCGAGAUAUAUGACAGUUUGAGCGGUGGAGUCCAUUUUAUGGCAUCUAAUAAUGACUGUGGUGUAAGAGAAUUUGACAUGGAGACUUUCCAACAACUGAGUCACUUUAGCUUCCCUUGGCCUGUAAAUCAUACAUCUGUAAGUCCAGACCGCAACCUUAUUACCAUCGUUGGAGAUUGCCCUGAUGGAUUGCUUGUGGAUUUGCGGAGUGGAAAGAAUGUUGCCUCAGUGGUAGGUCAUCUAGACUAUUCAUUUGCGUCUGCAUGGCACCCAAAUGGAUAUACUUUAGCCACUGGGAAUCAGGAUAAAACUUGCCGAGUUUGGGAUUUGAGAAACUUGGCACUGCCAACCGCAAUCCUGAAGUGCAACAUGGGCGCAGCACGGUCAGUCCGGUUCUCAUCCGACGGACAGUUUAUGGUGGUUGCUGAACCUGCAGAUUUUGUUCAUGUCUAUAGCACGAAGGCUGAUUACGGGAGGCGGCAGGAGAUUGACUUCUUUGGGGAGAUCUCUGGAGUCGCCCUGAGCCCAGAUGAAGAGUCUCUCUAUAUUGGUAUAUGGGAUCGAACAUAUGCUAGUUUGCUACAGUAUAAUAAAAGGCAUAGAUAUGGAUAUCUUGAUUCCUUUUUGUAGUACUCGGGUGGUGGUGGCCCCCUCUUUUUUGGUCUGGUAAACCAAGAUGAAGGGGUGAAGUUGACUUCUAUUUUGAAGCCUGACCCAGAGGACCUGUACAGAAAUUCUAUGCUUGUAUGACAAGUAUAAGUAGUUAAGCCCGGCCCUCAAGUUCUAAGACUCCAUCGCGCUCUGUGCGUGUUGGGGCAAACCUGAACUAAAUGGAAUCAACAUAUUGAUGGAUGAAAUACUUAAUGGGACAAACCUUAAGACGGUUGCUUUGGUC